UCAGAAUUUAUCCUGAUUUGCAUAAGGUUGACAUUGAAAUAUCAUAAAAUUUGCCGCAAAGUAUAGUUAUACAGGCUGAACGCAGGCUAUCAUUAUUUGACCUAGCUUUUUGCACUAAGGUGACAGAACCACUAUCAAAAGAGAUGUACUGGAUUGGAAGAAGGAAUCUUUCGAUUAUGGAUGGCAUCCGCCAGCUCUUUUCAAGGUGCAGACCAAAAAGUGUAGCUUUUCUUUGUACUAAAACAAAUGGUUCUGAGAAAUCUAAACCAAUGAAAACUGCACUUGGCACCAUGGACAUAGGGAUUCAAGUAGGACUAGCUGAGAGUACUGAGUUAAUAAAAUCCUACAUUGAAAGAGAACAGUUUGAAAUAGAUACUGCAUACAUGUAUGGUGAAGGGAAAACAGAGCAAAUCUUAGGGCAAAUCAAUCUGAUAAGAGAUCCCAAGGUUGUCUUGGCAACAAAAGCUAACCCAUGGAGUGAUAAAGGACUAAAGUACGAACGAGUGGUAGAACAAAUGAACACUUCACUGGAAAGACUACAAAGAACCAAUGUUGACUUCUUCUACUUACAUGCACCUGACCACAAAACACCUGUAGAAGAGUCCCUGAAGGCUGUAGAUGAUCUUCACAAAGCGGGUAAAUUCAAGGAAUUUGGGUUAUCCAACUAUGCUUCCUGGCAAGUGGCAGAAGUCUACUAUUUGUGUAAACAAAAUAACUACGUGUUACCAACCCUUUACCAAGGCAUGUACAAUCCAUUUACCAGGGAUGUCGAGAAGGAACUGUUCCCGUGUCUGCGCAGACUCGGUAUUCGAUUUUAUGCCUACAAUCCUCUUGCUGGUGGAAUCUUGACAGGAAUGUACAAAUAUAACGAUCAGUUCCAAAAACAGCCGCAAGGAAGGUUCUUCAACGAAAGUCACUGGGCUCCUAUAUACCGCAGUCGUUACUGGAAAAAGCCAAUGUUUGAUAACCUUGAUAAAAUAAAAAAGAAGCUGGACGAAGUUUACGGUACCAAUCGAGUGUCUCUAACAGCCGCUUCCUUAAGAUGGAUGUCGUACCACUCUCUCAUGGACGCUGAACAUGGAGAUAUCAUAGUUCUUGGUGGAUACCUUCCAAAGCACGUCCUGGAAAAUCUUCAAGCUGUGGAAAGUGCACCACUGCACAAAGAGGUGGUCAUGCUGUUUGAAGAUGGUUGGAACCAAGUCAAGUCAGAAUGCAAUAGUUACUUUCGUUAAUGUCAAUAUUUAUCUAAUUUUAAUUAUUACCAAGGCAACAGUAAGGCAUAAUUCUCUUCUGCCUCAA